UUCUCGACAUUUUGCUGGUUUCGUGUCUAGUUUUAUCAUCGCUCUUUUAGAAAUAUAAGCGAAAAAUACGAGACGGUUACUUUAUUAACAUUUACUAUUUCUUCAUAUACAACAAAAGAACGUUAACAUCUAAGAAUAGUAACGAAAGGUUCGAAAAAUGGGCGAUAUAAAAUCCUUCUUCCACCAAUGGUGUGCGAAGAACGGCAAAGAACCGCAAUUUGAUGUUAGACCAACAGGACCGAAGCACAGACAACGUUUCCUCUGCGAAUUACGAAUACCUGGCUUCGACUAUGUUGGCGCAGGAAAUUCGACUAACAAGAAGGACGCGCAAGGAAAUGCUGCGAGAGAUUAUGUCAACUAUUUAGUACGUACGAAUCGCGUGAAUCCAAACGAUGUACCGAAAGAUGCUGGAAUACCGACGAUGACACCAGAUGCUAUUAAAAUCGAAGUUUCAACACCAAUAAAAUCAGUGUUUCAAGGAGGCAUGGGACCAAAUGACAUUGGUCAAGCAUAUAGACCGUACAAUGAACGUGGCCAGAGUAAUCAUACAUACAUGUAUAGGCUGGCUGAUCAAAAGAAAGUGGAAGAUGCUGAGGAUGUUGACGUAAACUCUGGGAUACACGGGAACUGGACGAUAGAAAAUGCCAAGUCCAAGCUACAUCAGUUUAUGCAAACUAACAAAAUUAAUGCAGAUUACAAAUAUACUCCGGUCGGUCCGGAUCAUACGAGGAGUUUUAUGGCAGAAAUGUCACUUUAUAUUAAACAACUUGGACGAACUAUAACUGGCCGCGAAACUGGAUCAAACAAACAAACAGCUUCAAAAAGCUGUGCUUUAUCUAUUGUUCGCCAACUAUAUCAUCUAGGAAUGAAAUGUUCAAAAUAUAGUCAAUUACAACAGAAGAAUAAUAAAACUGCACCAAAAGACGACAAAGAUACAUUAACUGCUGGCGUAUCUUUGCUAACGAAUCAAGUUUUGGACGACUUCAUAUCUUCCGUACCGCAACCUGCCGGUGUCGUAAGCUGGUCACCACCUCAGCCAAAUUGGAAUCCGUGGACUGGAUGUAAUAUAGAUGAGGGACCAUUGGCAACAACAUCUCUGGAUCAGUUGUCAGAAGAUUUAAUGAACGAACAGCGAGAAAAGCUGCAGCAGGACUCUAAUUUGCAGGCAAGCAUCAAAGAAAGAUCAAGUCUCCCCGUUUUCAACAAAAAAAGCGAGAUCAUGAAUGCAAUUAAUGAAAAUCCAAUCAUUAUCAUACGUGGAAAUACGGGAUGUGGUAAGACUACACAGGUUUGCCAGUUCAUUCUGGACGAUUAUAUCGCAUCCGGCCAAGGUGCAUAUUGCAGUAUAGUUGUCACUCAACCCAGAAGAAUCUCCGCCGUUUCUGUGGCUGACCGAGUCGCCGCCGAGAGAUGCGAGGCUUUGGGACAGUCGAUUGGAUAUUCCGUGAGGUUUGAGUCGUACUUACCGAGACCCUAUGCCAGUAUAAUGUUUUGCACUAUUGGUGUACUCUUGAGAAAGCUGGAGGGUGGCCUUAGAGGCGUAUCGCACGUUAUAGUUGAUGAAAUUCAUGAGCGAGAUGUCAAUUCAGAUUUUAUUAUGGUGGUGCUCAGAGAUAUGAUACAUCUCUAUCCUGAUCUCAGAAUCAUUCUCAUGUCUGCUACAAUUGAUACAACAUUGUUCAGCGAGUAUUUCAACAAAUGUCCUGUGGUGGAGAUUCCUGGCAGAGCGUAUCCCGUUCAGCAAUAUUUCUUGGAGGACUGUAUACAGCUGACGAAUUUUUUUCCACCUACAAGUUCCGGAAAACGUAAAUCUAAGGAAGCAGACGAUUUGCCAAUACCAGACGCAGAACCAGAAGAAAAUCUGAAUAAAGUCAUCGGCAAUAAUUAUUCUAUCGAAACAAAGAACGCUAUGGGACAGCUGACAGAGAAAGAGAUAAGCUUUGAGUUAAUAGAGGCGCUUCUUAUGUAUAUUAAAAGACAGGAUAUUCCAGGUGCUGUGCUGAUUUUCCUUCCUGGAUGGAAUUUGAUAUUCGCAUUGAUGAAACACCUUCAGCAACAUUCUCUUUUUGGCGGAUCGUCUUAUCUCAUUAUCCCACUACAUUCGCAAUUACCGAGAGAAGAUCAGCGUAAAGUUUUUGAUCCUGUCCCGUCAUUUGUAACGAAGAUUAUUUUAUCCACAAAUAUUGCAGAAACUUCAAUCACGAUCAACGAUGUCGUCUACGUUAUAGAUUCUUGUAAGGCCAAAAUGAAGUUAUUUACUUCGCACAAUAAUAUGACUAAUUACGCAACUGUUUGGGCCAGUAAAACGAAUCUCGAACAACGCAAAGGUAGAGCAGGUCGCGUUAGGCCUGGCUUCUGUUUCCAUCUAUGCUCAAAAGCCCGAUUCAAUAAGAUGGAUGAACACAUGACGCCAGAAAUGUUCAGGACGCCUCUGCACGAAUUGGCGUUGAGUAUCAAGCUAUUAAGAUUAGGCAAUAUCGGUCAAUUCUUAUCAAAGGCAAUUGAGCCGCCUCCUAUUGAUGCUGUGAUUGAAGCGGAAGUUGUAUUAAGAGAAAUGAAAUGCUUGGAUAAAAACGAUGAAUUAACGCCUCUUGGCAAGAUUUUGGCGCGUUUACCUAUAGAACCGCGGUUGGGAAAAAUGAUGAUCCUAGGAUGUAUGUUUCGUGUGGGCGACGCGCUCUCGACGAUGGCCGCAAAUAGUACCACUUUCCCCGAGGUAUACAACAUGGGUCCGGAUGUGAAAAGAUUGACUGCUCAACAAAAGUGGUUUGCCGGUGCUAGAUUCAGUGACCAUGUCGCAAUGUUUCAUGCUUUUCAAGCAUGGGAAGAAGCGAGAACAGGUGGUGAAUGGGCAGAACAAACGUUCUGUGAUUCAAAGAGCCUGAGUCUACCAACUUUACGAAUUACCUGGGAAGCUAAGAAUCAACUACAAGCGCUAUUGCAAAGCGCUGGUUUUCCCGAGGAGACUCUGUGCCCCAUGCCACUAAAUUAUCAAGCAGGUGCGGAUCCGCGUCUCGACACCAUUACUGCACUGUUGUGCAUGGGUCUGUACCCCAAUGUGUGCUAUCAUAAGGAGAAGCGGAAAGUUCUCACCACAGAAUCGAAGGCUGCGCUGAUUCAUAAGACAUCGGUGAAUUGCAGUAACUUCGAACAAAACUUUCCAUUCCCGUUCUUCGUGUUUGGUGAAAAGAUUCGCACGAGAGCUGUAUCUUGCAAGCAAAUGACUAUGGUGUCGCCUAUACAUCUAUUACUGUUUGGGUCACGUAAAGUAGAAUACGUGGAUGGCGUGAUUAAACUGGACAACUGGAUCAACUUGGAUAUGGAUCCGCAACAUGCAGCAGCUAUCGUUGCUCUGAGACCAGCUUUAGAAAGUCUUGUAGUUAGGGCAUCCAAGGAUCCAGAAACAAUUCUAGAGUUGAGUCCGACUGAAGAAAAGAUAUUGAGCGUGAUUAAGGCAUUAUGCAGCAUGAAUGCUUGUCGUCACGAGUUGGAGCCGAUAACCGGUGGUGGUUUUCAAUCAGCGCGACCUCCCAGGGGACAUGUAACCGGCUUUCGCGGUAACUUUAACACACCUCCAAAAAUGAUGCGGGGAGGUGGAGGUUACCGCGGUCCAAUCUCGAAUAACGAGUCUUACGGUGGGAAUAGUGGCGGCUUUAAUGAUAAUCGCAGCGGUGGUUACAACAGAGGAAGUUACAACAGGGGAUAUACCAUGGGCAAUCCACGCGGUCGAGGUGGAAACUGGAAUAAUAGUGGCAAUCGUGGACGUUAUUUUAAUUAAUAUUUUGUUUACUAACUGUAAUUACAGUGUUGCUGUUACACUUUAGAAUGCAAUUCAAGAUUUAUAAUUCUAGACAUUGAUUUGAAGUGUCUUAAUGUAUUGCCUUCCUUUUUUUACUUUGAUUGAUAAAGGUGAUACACUUCAAGUUACUGUCCAGAAUUAGAAAUCAGCACUAUAUUAGACUGAAUUAAUUGCAUGGAUGGUUCAAUUUUUGUCUGGAAUUUUUUAUUUCUCUAAGAAAUGUAGUGCCGAAUUACCGUCUCUCUCAUAACAAUAAGGAAAUUCCCUCUGAUAUAGAAUGGAAACGAGACAUGAUUAUACAAUAAUAGCGGCAAUAUGGAAUGUGUUGGCUCGAGCUAUGCUAUCAUAAAAGUUUGACUGAAAAAGGGAUUAAGUUUUCAAAAAUUUUACAAUGUUUGCAAGCUUAAUAUAUUUUUACUAAACACUUAAAUGUAUGUGAUAUGCAGAAGUCAGGAAUGGCCAAGAGGAAGUCGGUGAUCUUUAUCGAACGAUAGUUUCAAGGAUCAGCUUAAAGAUAUCUAUCUUGUAGGCAUAGCAUUUUUGUCAAAAUGAAAAGUACCGUCAUGUGAAGGGAAAGUACUUGAAAAAAGAAAUCUAAAUUGAACAAUACAAUUUCGUCGUUAUUACCAUAAUUCUGGACGGAAGUUGAGUUGCUCAUGUAUAUAUGUAGGUUUAAGUUAGGUUGAAUAUAUUGAUAUUAUAUUAUUAUAUAAUAGUGUAUACUAAAAAUGCAUCCGGAUUAUUGAACCGAACUUAAAGACGAGCUGCGAGUUAAAGUUAUGAGCGUCAACAAACAUUUCUGUGAUCCAUACUGUAAUUUUAAUUUUUUUUUUUUUUCAAUUGUUGGCGCCUAUUUUUCAAGCAAGUCUUGUGAAGAUUAAGACAGUCAGAUCAUGUUUUGUGGGAUGUAUGGAAACGUGAUGUUUCUUUACCCAAAAUUUACUCUUAGUAAGCACUUGUAUCCUCGUUUAUGCGAGAAAUUUUGACUUUGGAAGCAUCGCACUGAAGGAAAUAAGAUUGAGUUAAUCGAGAAACAUCUAAUCCUCGAAGAGACUAUCACAGGAUCUUGAUCCAAAUUUAUUAUGGAGUUGUGACGCUUUAUGUUGGAUCGGAAGUCCAAA